CUUCCCUUUCAAGACCACCACCAUUGUCAUGUACUUUUCUGCAGCAGCAUCGUGACAAGCAAGGAAAAAAAAAAACGCAAAAGUACUUUUUUUCUUUCCCGUAUUUUAUUGUUGGCAUUACUUUUUUUUUCGCUUUUCUCCAUUUACAUCAUUGUUAUCAAAGCAUUGCAUCAGCAUCGAAAAUCAUCCAAGGCGGUCCCCGUGUCGCCCAGUCACGCCUCUUUACGCGUGUGUGCUCAAGCACAAUUCGACUCUCCAACACGGCUUCUUUUCUCGCUCAUCCAUGAAUCCGCGACUUGAAGACCUCUCCAACGCCAUUGCUACGCCGUCACCAUGUAUUUGCCGCGGUCUUUGAUCUCGAAACUCUACACCCACCUGCAAAACUCCCGACAUCCGCUCUCGCCGCCGGUGCUCAUCCUGGUCGCCCUCGAACCCGAUGCUCUCUGCGGCUGCCGCAUUCUCACUCGUCUUCUCAAGCAUGACUAUAUCCCACACAAGAUCCAGCCCAUUGCUGGCUACGCUGACCUGGAAAAGGCCGGUCGCGAGCUCGUCACUCCCAUGAUGGAGUCUCAAGGCGGUGCUGGCGGACUUGUCGUCUGCCUCGGCGUCGGUGGUAUGGUCGACCUGGGACCCUUGCUUGGCUUAGAGCCGGAGGGUGAAGAAAACACAUAUAGCGGCGUCGAGGUCUGGGUCAUGGACGCUCAUCGCCCUUGGAACCUUGCCAAUGUCUUUGGCGGUUUCCGCAUCGAACCUAGCACAGAGAUGUCCAGCUCUUACCAGUCACGGAGUCCAGUUGGUAUCACGGGUGGCCAAAUUGGUCGUGCUUAUCAAUCUGGAAAGGGUGGCAUUGUCGUAUUUGACGACGGUGACAUUGAAGAAGAUCUCGGCGCCGAGCGCGACGCGUAUCUGGCCCUGGUAGAUAUGCCCGAGGUCGGCGACGACGAGCUGGGUAGAAAUAGCGACGACGAUGACGACGACUAUGAUGAAGAUUUACAAGUGCCGGCACAUGCUGGUCAAAAACGCAAGAGCUGGUCGGAUGACGCCGAUGAAGACUCGAGCGAUGAAGACGACAGACCGCGUCAACGGCGUCGUAGCAACUCGUCCACUCCUCUCCCCUCACCUUCUCGCCCACAACAGCGCGGGCUCAUCAGUGUCAACGGCAAUGACGUUGGUAUGUCUAGUGAUCCAAUGGAGCCUCCAUCAGCCGCGCAGCUUCCCCCGGCUCCAUCUGCUAGAGCUCUCAGACGACGACUGCUCCGAAUGCGACGCGAAAACGAAAAUGUGCUACAACAGUACUACAAGAUGGGUUCCUCCUUUUCUGAACCUAUCUCAUCUCUCAUGUACUCUUUGGCUUCUGAGCUAGGUCGUGAAGACAACGACUUACUUUGGCUGACCAUUGUCGGCGUCACAUCCAUGGAACUCUACGGCCGCUCGUCAGCGGGUGUUGCUGCUCCAGUUCGUGUGACGGACAAGAGCCGCCCAACCGGCUGGAUGGGAGUCCGUGGUGCCCGUCUUCGCCAGCUUAUGCGUGAUGAAGUCCGUAGAUUGAAUCCCCCCGAGGUUCUCAACGGCCGCGUAGCACCUGAAAACACGGGUGUCAUUCCCACAACAGCGAGGAACCCAGAAGACACGGGAAUUCGACUGUCACCAGAGCCCCGGUUCCUGCUCAUCCGCCACUGGAGUCUCUACGAUAGCAUGCUGCAUUCGCCAUACCUCUUUUCACGCCUCAAGACGUGGAGCGAGACUGGUAUCAAGCGUCUGCAUAAGCUUCUCGCGAAAAUGGGUGUCAGUCUAGCUCAGUGCAAGCAAAGUUAUACGCAUAUGGACAUGAUGCUGAAACGAGAGUUGCGAGCCAAGCUUCUCAAGUAUGGCUCGUUAUACAACCUUGACGAAAUGGUGCCCGCUGUCGAUACAGAUGGAAAGGACCGUGCCGGCGCCAAGGACGGCUGGGGCUUUGUCCGAAGCUGGGGCUGGCGAGCAACUUUGUCCGCUCAGGAUGUUGGUGUUGUCAUUGGUGCCCUCUUGGAGGUUGGCAAGCAUACCCAAACCCCAGAGGGCGGCUUCGCGGCUAGCCAAGUUAGCCGUGACGUUUCAGACGAUGUGGAAUUCGCUGCCCAAGGCGAAGAAUGGAUCACUCGUUUCUGGGAUGCCUACGACGCGUUGGAAGACAUUGAUGCUCUUAAGGCAGGCCUUCCGACUGCGCAGUUUUUGCACAGAGCCAUUUACAGAACCGGCACAUCACUCAUCAACAAGAAGCAGAUCAAGCAUCUGCGCGCCUUCCGACUCUGCGUUGUGAAAGACGGACCAGAUGUAGCCCUCUUCACUCACCCGGCUGCAUUGACGAAGCUUUCGCUCUGGAUUGGUGAGGCUCUCGCUGAACAGGAACGAGAAUCGCAAGGAAAGCUCUCUCAUGGAGGACGCGGCACACCUCUUGUGGUGGCAAGCUUGCAGGAGAAGCGCGGCGUCUAUGUCGUCGUUGGUACUGGCGGAGGUGGUGGCCCAGACACAACAUUUAUGGACCGAGAAACAGCCAAGCAGCGUCAAGCAGCCAAAGCCGAAAAAGCCAAGAAGAAAGAACAAUCACGACUCGCUAAGGAGAAGAUUCGUGAACAAAAACGUGCUGCACGAGAAGAGGCAGAAGAUCUGGAUACUGAAUCAGAGGGCUCUGAUGCGUCCGAGUCGGAAGACGAAUCCGACGAGGAAGUUGAGCACGAGAAGGGCUACGGCUUCAACCGAUUCGGCACUGCGUUCCAGGAGGUCGUGUCUGAUACACAAGCACGAGUACGCAUCGACAGCUUUGAGCAUUGCGUGGUAGAAGUCAAGAAGGAGGAUCUUGGAGGGUUCCUGGAGAGCCUGAGCAUGAAGGCGGUUGUUGGAUAAUGGCGACGGGCAAUAGACUCAUGAUGUAAUGUUGGGCUGAUUUAAGACGGAAGGGCUUUGUUUAUUUUUCAUGGUUAUAGGAGUUUGGAAUAUCCACUGGGAUGGAGCAUGAUGGGAUUUUUCAUAGGGUUAUAAGCUGGAACCACCUGCAGCUUUAGUUUCAACAUGAGCGACGCAUACAUUUUGUUUGAUUAGAAUCCGCUGAAUCCGUUUGUAUAUAAUGGUUGAUGUAAUGUUUUAUAGUAGACAGGUUGGUAUUGUAUGGUUGUUGUAGAUGGACCUGCCUACUUUGGUAGGUGUGGCUAAGCAGGGUGGGCUCGAUAAACCUUGGCACAUAUGCCUAUAAGUUUCUAAUGAGCCUAAAUAGAUGUUAGAAGUUUCGAGCCAUUUU